AUGUUGUCAGCUGCUGUACUGUUGACACUGGUAACCGUAUCUGUGGCUUCUGAAGGUAAAGUGACUUGUUUUCUAAAGAAACGUGUUAUCUCUUGCUAAAGUUUAAGAGUCUACUUGAGGGGACCAUUUUUGAAAGACUUAAAAAUUUAUUUCUUGUUUAUUUUAAUGUAAUUGAUCAUUGAAAGUCGCCACCCUUUAAAAACACUCUUGGAAACAAUAGGGGAAAAAUACCCCUCGAAGAAACAAGAUGAGAAAAGGCACGAAUAGGUCACUGAUUGAUCCCUUUAGCUGUCUUUGAAACUAGAAAAGACUUGUUCUCGUUUUUUUUCAAUUUUCAUUUCAUCAAAUGAGAUGUGUUCAUCCAGUUGUAUGACUUUGGUGUGAGUGAAAGUGCAUCCUGACAAUGACUGCUGUGAACAGCAACACCGUUGCCUGGAGACAUUUCAACGAUACUUGCAAUGUUUGAUGCUCACUUGAAGUGUCAUCUCUUUUUUCUAAUUUAUCUCGCGAUACUCGUAAAAUUUAAAGCCUUUUUUUCAUCCAGACGUCGAACAAAAAACUGGUACCAGCAAUUUUGAAAGGCAACCCCAUCAAAACGAUCAAGGUAACCUGUAAUGGCAUGGCACUCUGUUCAAGGGGGGUCAAAACUUUUCACCCUGAGGAAAGCCACAAUCAAGAAACCCACAAACUUGUUCCUCGAAUGAAUGUUGAGAAGAGGGUAAAGCUGAAGUUUCUGAUCUAAAAGUCUCCAAUCAUCAUAAGACCUUCUCUAGCUGGGGAAAACUUAAGAAAUUCUCGUUUUAAACCCUUUGAAUCCAGCUUGAUCUUAAUUAGCUUAAAAGAAGUGACCUUCUGCGGCGUGAUUGUAUCUGAUGACAUAUGUUUCAUUCAUUCUUCAUCUCAACAGGAGCAAAGUGGAAGUACGGAGAAACAGACAGUCACGGUACAGACAACAGAGUCUUGAAGUAUAGAUUAACAAUUCAAUUGCUGUAUGCUGGUUUAUUCCAGAUAUUCAAGAUUUUUCGCAUGCUUCAAAACUAUUGUAAAUAAGUCUCGUACCCAGAUUCUACCGUGUAACCAACUGAAAUGUAUCUGCUCGGCCGUGGAAUGUCUGGGUACGAGACUAUAAUACUGCUCAUACAAACAAAUGAAAACAUAGUCUUUACUUUUUGCUCAAAAAUCUAUUUGAUAUAAUCCCUUAUUUUCCUAUUAACGCUGAUAUUCCUAACAGGUUAUGGUCCACCUGACUGGGGUAAAGUUUCAAAAUUCUGCGAUUACACCGCCCAGUCCCCCAUAAAUAUCGAGACUCCGGUUAAGAAAGAUGCAAGUCUCAAGGGACUCAGAUUUACAACCAAGAAUAGAAAUGGAAGGGUCAGCGGAGACAUAAAAAACAAUGGUCAUGCGCCUACCCUAACUAUUGACAAACGCAAAGGCAAGGCUAGACUCACCGGGGGUCCCCUUGGAGAUAGCGUGUAUAUGCUCCAGCAGUUCCACUUUCAUUUCGGUUGUGAUUACGACGAAGGAUCAGAACACCUCGUGAACGGAAAGGCAUAUCCUGGAGAGGUACGCAAUAGUAGCUCUCGAAACUUUUUGUUUUCCAUACGUAAUCAUGGCGGGAGGCGUUAGCACUACGACCACUAACUGAAAGCACCCGUGACAAAUUGUUCUUCUGCCACAGGUACUUAGGGACUAGUCAUCAUUGAUCACCUCACCUGGAGAGGGAGUGACGGUUUUUAUUGUUGGAAGAUGGAUUACAUGGUUUUCAGGGGAAUAGGAGGGGGAAUUAGUUUUGGUUAAAAAAAUCGACUGCCAUUAACUGCCAAUGAGGGGGAAAUAUAGACAUAUUUAAAGAGCCUUCGGAGGGAUCGGAAAAUUUAAUUAUGACCCAAUCAAAAUCCUCCAGCUCCCAUCCCUCCUCAAUCCCCUACCAUCCCCCUUCGCCCCCUCCCAUCCCCCCUCAAGUGAUAACGACCGGUCUCUUAAGUCGUUCCGUCAAAGUCUCAAAAUUUUCACAUUGGAUUUCUUACUGCAAUUUGAUUAAGUCAAGUCAGUCAAAGCAAGAUGACAUUUACUAAUCACAAUCGAGGAAAAGAUCUAAUCUCGUGUCCAGGUCCUACCGUUUAGUGCUUGUCCGUGGAAGGUCUGGGUACAAGACCUGAAAAUAUGACUGGCUAUAAAGCAAACUGUGUGAAUCGUGGAAAACGCGAGUGGCUAUUUAUCGUGUAUGGCUCUAUUUUGGCAUCUGCUUGGCAGAUCAGAGAGGAACUAUUUACAGUAUUGUACUACAUGUAUAAUUUCAAUUUAUCGUCUUGUAGCUCCAUUUGGUGACUUAUAACACAAAGUACGCUGAUUUUGAUACCGCUGCGUCCCAAUCCGAUGGACUGACUGUUAUUGGCGUUUUCUUUGAGGUAUGUCUGGAAAUAUCAUAUAUGUUGCUAUAUUAACUUUACCAGGUAUUUUGUUAGUGAUGAAUUUGGAAAAAUAAAAAAUUUUCCUGGAAUAGCAACCGUUCCUAAAAUGAAAGGAAUUAGCCGCACGGUGGAAUCGGUAAGGGUUGGGAAAGACUGGGGUAGAGUGGUAAAGUUGAAGUUGAAGUCAUCGCAAUUGAGGAAAUUGAAAAUUGGAUUGAUUGAAGAAAAAUGUACAUCAACAGCUUUUCUUUGGUGAGAUCAUUUGCAUACCUGUAAAAAAUACCCCGUACAGUUGCAAGGGAUUUAUUCCUGCUCCACGACAAACAUUAGAGUUGGCAACGCUCGACAUUAGUACACUGGUAUACUUCAUACUGCACAUUGUACAAAAGGCAGCAACAAAGGUCAGAUUUCAAUGGUUAGGGAACUAACGUUAAAUAUUGGCUUGGGAGAUGGAGUGCAUCACUCUAAGAGGAACAUCUUUCAGUUAAAAACUUCUAAGACGAUGAUAUCUUUAAUGUGAAAACAUACUUCCUGUUUCAGGAAAAGAAGAAAAGAGAAAAAGGAAAGGAAAAAAGCACUAUGAUGCCAUCCGCAAACUUUACUCAGCUCUGAAAAAAAUAAAGGACGUUGGUGAGGCUUUAGCAACUUACAUCAUCUUAAAUAUCCACUUAUAAAUCCGUUUGUCUCACGCCAUAGAGUCUGUAAAUUCAAGAGUAAAGCUAUCAAUCAGAGAUAAAGACGUUUCCACUGCUCUACUUUCUUUUCUCCCAAGACCAUCCAUAGAUUUUCAAGCAGAAGUUUCAUGAAGUAACACAACAUCAACGGAAGGGUAUUUUUUUAUUUGAAACUAGAUUUUCAGAACCAAAAUUAAACGAAAUGUAUGGCAGACAGUGUCGAGAAUUUAUACCUAGAUAUUGGAAGCGAAAAUGUUCAACAUUUAUAACAUCAGGGCAGCUAAUACAAUCACUUUCUCUCCCAGGUGCCGAAGCUUCAGUCAAAAACAUAGCGCUGUUCGACUUGGUUCCUGAACUGAAAGAUCUCUCAUCGUUCUACUCCUACAAGGGUUCCCUUACCACCCCUCCCUGUUAUCAAUCAGUUAACUGGAUUGUACUGAAAGAACCCAUUAAACUCCGUAGUUUUGUGGUAAGAACAUUUUUAUGCUAUUUUUCUGCUUUUUAACAUUUAAACACUAUUUAAGUGCCUGAAAAAUUAGCACUUACGCGUUUCACAUAUCGCCUACUAAAGCAUUCAAACGCACUAGAGUCCAAUUUUAGACACUAGUGUCUGAAUUAAGAAACUUGUGUCCGAUUUUAGAUUUUAGACACAAGUGUCCGUUAUUAGAUUCUAGUGUCCCAUUUUAGAUACUAGUGUCUGGUUUUUCAGAUUUUAGACACUUAUGUCCGAUUUUAGGACGAUAAGCAGCACCUGACGUGUCUAAAUUGGACCCUUUUUCCUUUGUGAUGCUACUGACACUUCACAGCGCACAAACGUCUGUGUUUAAAGUUAUCUAUACCCAAAAAGUCCCCAGCCUUCUAUAACUUUUGUUUUUUCCGAUCUUCUAUCCACAGUUAAUGUGAUUUUUUUUUCAGUUCGGCGCCAUGAGGAGACUGAAAAACGGAGAGGGAGGCCUUAUGUGUGGAAACUUCAGACCACCUCAGAAACUCAACGGACGUGUUGUUUCUGAACUCGACGGAUGAGCCCAAGAAUCAACUCGCAACUACUUAACACUAUAGUAGCUAAUUUACAUCCUCCAAGAGAAUUAAACUCUUUAUUAGCUAGAUUGAGUGACGUAUUCUGGGGGUUUCUUUCUUAAGCAAGGAUUGUUAGCGACAUCCAAAUAAACUGCAUUUAUCGG